AUAAUGGCAAAUGCGGCUGAUCUUAUAGACAUCGCCCAAGAUAAUUUACCAAUUAGUUCCAUCUUCGUCUUUCUCACAGGUUUUAUCGUAGAAAUAAAACUAACUCAAAGUAAUAAUUUAUUCAAAAUUAUUAAACUUAAUGUAACUGAAUUCGCUGGAAACCCACAAAGCGGACCUAUAGGAAAAACGUUUAUAUUAGAUGUAGAUACUUAA